AUGAAAGCUUUGGAUAAUUUACUUGAGACUGAUUGCAUCACAAUGGAUGAGUAUUUGAGCAUAACUCUAAAAGCUUCAGAGAUGCCUGGUUGGCAGAAAUUGUUUGUCAGUUUGAAAAACGAUGAGCGUCGUGUUGCCUUUAUUGAAAGGCUACAAGGAAGAGGGUUUAGAGAAGGGGAGAACUUAAAUACAGGCAAGAAAAUGAAAACGCUAUUAUCUCAACUAGUAGUUUUAUGCUUGUUAGUGAAGAAACUUAAGAAGGCUAAACGGCGUGUACGCCCAAAGUACAAGAAGUCAAUUUUAACGGGAAAGGCUUUCACCCAAGACCUGUUAGAUGGAAAUCCGAGGAAUAUGUACAACCUAUUGAGAAUGAGUAAGGUUCCUUUUACCCUAUUAUGCAAUGAGUUCCGAGCCAAAGGACUUUUAGAGGAUAGUAAAUAUAUAGAAGUAGAGGAGAAGAUGGCAAUGUUCUUAUAUACAAUUGGGCACAACUGUAGGAAUCGUGUAAUUUUGUAUCACUUUCAACAUUCGGGUGAAACGGUUAGUAAGUAUUUUCAUGAAGUGUUGGCUGCUAUGAAGAUUUGGUCUGCUGAAGUUUUAGUUCCUCCGUCUAAUGUAUUUGACAAGCCAGCUAUAACUAAAAGGCAUAAACGUCUCAGAGAAGGUGCUUUUAAAGGUGCUGUUGGUGCAUGGGAUGGCACUCUAAUUAGUGCGAGCAUUCCAGUCGAGAAGCAAAUACCGUAUAGAGGAAGGGGAAGAGGAGAAUGUACCCAAAACGUGCUUGCGAUAUGUGAUUGGGAUAUGUACUUUUUGUAUGUAGUGGUUGGAUGGGAAGGCACUGCUCAUGACUCGAGAGUGUUGACCGAGGCAGUGCGUGAUCCAUAUUUCAAGUUUCCUUUACCUCCACCAGACAAAUACUAUCUAUGUGAUGCUGCGUACUCUCAUACACAAGGGUUUAUGUGUCCGUAUCGCAACAUAAGGUAUUGGAUAGGUGAUUACCGAAGAGUUCCUCCAACGGCAAAAGAGGAGAAGUUUAAUCAAGCCCAUGCUCGAUUGAGGAAUGUGAUUGAGAGAGCAUUCGGGGUAUUGAAAGUAAGAUUUCCCGUCUUAAGUAAAAUGCCUUCUUACUCAUUUGAGACUCAAAGAGAUAUCGUUAUUGCUUGCAUGUCAAUACAUAACUUUCUACGUCGUAAUGCAUUGGAUGAUUGGCUAUUUAAAGAAUAUGAGAAUGAGACAUUUGAUAUGAAUGAGACACAGGUGGAAGUCGAAGUGGAAGCGGAAACGGAAGAAAAUGCACCUCGUCUAUUUGGACGACAAGAACAGAUAUAUAUGAACAACUUACGUGAUGAGAUAUCUAGUCUCCUUUAG